AUGUUUUUUGGCUCAAAGUUGGACCAGGAGGUCUAUCCUCCAUGGAAAGACUACUACAUGAACUACAACAACUUGAGAAAGCUUCUCAAGGAGGGAGUGAUACUUAAAGAUAGUUGGACUGAUAAAGACGAACAAAACUUUGUUAGUGCUUUGGACCACGAUCUUGAAAAAGUGUAUACUUUUCAAACCAAGCAAUAUGACGAGUUGAGCGAGACAUUGGACGACUUGCAGACCAAAACCGAGACUCCAGGCAAGUUUGACACGGCACAAUUUCUGACAAAAUUGGAGGAAUCGUUGGAAUUGGCUCAGGAAUUGGAUAGGUUUCAAAGACUCAAUUACACUGGGUUCACCAAGAUUGUCAAGAAACAUGACCGGAUCCACCCUGAGUUUCUGGUGAAACCAUUGUUGAACGUUCGUCUUAAAAACUUGCCAUUUCAUUCGGAAGACUACCUGCCUCUUCUCUAUAAGAUCUCCGCAUUGUUUCAAUUUUUAAGGGACAACUACAAUAUUGACCAGACGCUCUCCAAUCUCUCGCUGUUGAACGAGGACACCACGCAAGACGUUAAAUCGUUCAAAUUUUGGAUCCAUCGUGACAAUUUGAUGGAGGUGAAAGCGACGAUUCUUCGUCAUCUUCCUGUUUUGGUUUACAACAACGAUAAUUACGAGGACGACGAUGACGACGAUGACGCCCUGAGCAACGAUCCGGUCAUCAAUACGCUUUACUUUGACAAUCCCAACUUUGAUCUCUACAACGAUAAGCUCAUCAAGAAGGCUAAUGCUGCGACUUUGAGAAUCAAAUGGAUUGGAAAAUUGCUUGAUAAUCCCAAGAUUUCCGUGGAGAAAAAGAGCUUUGAUCCUACUUCCGACACGUUUGAUGUCAACGAGAAGGUUGUGCUCAAGGAAAAGUACUUGGAUACGUUUGUCAAGGGAAACUUUUCACCUGAAAAACUCAUCAAAAAGAUGGAAAAACGUGGAGAAAAUAGCAAGGAUUUUGCUGAUACCGUUCAAAACUUGGAAUCUUUCAUAACAGAACACCAUUUGCAGCCUGCUGUGCGCAGUGUAUAUCGUCGAACUGCGUUCCAGAUUCCAGGAGACGACAAGAUUAGAGUGGUAAUCGACUCGGAUUUGAUGUUCAUUCGUGAAGAUUCUUUUGACGAGCAGCGACCCAUUAGAGAUCCUAAGAAAUGGCAUCGUACCGACAUUGACUCCAAAAUUCUGAACCCAUACUCGCUUCUUAGAAGUGGUGAAUAUUCGAAAUUUCCAUACUCGGUGAUGGAGAUCAAGAUCAAGACGUCCAAGAACAAUAAGCGUCUUCUCUGGGUCGACGAAUUGGUUCAUUCUCACUUGGUCAAAGAGGUUCCUAACUUUUCCAAAUUUGUUCAUGGAGUGUCUGUCUUAUUCUUGGAAGACGACAAGCUUCAGAACAUUCCCAUGUGGUACCACGACCUUGAAACAGACAUCAAGGUUGAUCCUCAACAGGCGUAUAUCGACUCCAGAAGACGGUCUGUCAAGCAGCAAAAUGACGAGGAUAAUCUUGCCAAAUUCAAGCUGAUGGUUGCAAGCAGCAGUCUGUUUUCUCCAAGAAGCAAGUCGUUUUCCGGUGCGGUUUUGACAGCUCCAGAAGCUGCUUCUCCUCAGAUUUCUGGGAAAGAGUCACUGGUGUUGACCAGCGGACUGGUUCCUUCUCCUCCCACCGCCCCAUUGGCCAGCAUUGAAGAUGCCAAUGAAGACGACGAUCUUUAUCCACUGUCGGAUGACGACUCGCCUACGGGAAUAACUCGAAUUCUCAAACUUCCUGGCCGACUCAACGUAUCCAAAUUAAUUGAUGUUGACUCAGAAGGAGAAGAAAUCGAACUUCCUGCCGGUGUAACCAAACCGGAAACUUAUAUCAAGAAUUCUGGUCCUUUGAAGAUCGAACCAAAGGUGUGGAUGGCCAACGAACGGACCUUCAACAGAUGGCUCCAUGUGACCACCUUGAUGUCGACUUUGACUUUUGUCAUUUACUCUUCAUCUAUGCGUGCCAAUUCGCCCCAAGUUGCGAAUAUCUUGGCUUACAUUUACUUUGGUCUCACAUUAUUUUGCGGGGUUUGGGGAUACUACAUUUUCCUUAGACGCCGUAGUAUCAUUAUGGAACGUUCCGGAGCACAUCUCGAUAACGUGGUGGGCCCAUUGGUUGUGGCUUUUGGAUUAAUAGCUGCGUUGGUUGUGAAUUUUGUGCUUGGUUUCCGCCAUAUUGCCGCUGCCAACUCGGUCAAUGCUCAGGGAGUGUCCAGCUUUGUUUCGGAGUCAUUUUAUGCCAACAACCCGUGGCACAAGCAGGUACAUGAUCUUAUGUUCUGGUUGGUGAGAGGUCAAUUUUAG